AUAAACUUCAAAUAGUCCAUUUUAGUAGGUUUCUUUUCUUUUUGCCCUUGUUCAUUUUCUCUCAUUGAUUCUGAUAAAUAGCCUGAAAUCCUUGAUCAGUUGCUCAUUAAUCCAAUUGAACUUCCCGCUGUUCAAUUUGUGCUAUUAUUUGAGGAGGAAUCCUUCCUUUAGCGUAGGUGAUGUACACCACUCCAUUGAUAUUUCAUCUAUGAAGUAAUAUGUGAAGCCUUGAAAGAAAAACAAUUCAAGAAUUUUUUGGUAAAAAGCUGAUCAAGAGGUUUAUGUAUAUUAUCUCUUGCUUGGAUUAAUGUUUAUUUGCUCUCUCUCCUCACUAGAUAUAGUUCAUAAAGAAUUUGUCUAUUCUCGAUUGAGUUUAUUGGUUUCCGAUAUAAUGGAAUAUGAAAAAAAAUAAAAUUAUUCACCUGCGUUUCUCAUUGGUUAAAGUUGCAGAUUGUGUUUGAUAUCAAGGUUCAAUUGAAAAUGGCCUCUUUGGGUGAGGUUGCAUAGAUGCAACCCCACAAAUUCUUCUUAGGUCGGAGCCACUUCUUGGCAUUCGGGUAAUAGAAUCUAUCAAAAAAUCUGAUGAAGAUUAUGUGUUAAAAUAAUAAAAUUUUUGCUUCAAAGAAGUAUUGUCACACUAAUAAACAUUAGAUUGAGGAGCAUCCUGAAACAGUGAAAUUUCCUCGUGCGUUAGUUGUUAGUGGUUUGGUCUUAUUUUCAUAGUGCAAUAGAGUUUCAUACGGGUUGAGUUUUUGUGAUUUGACUCGUUUCACUUGCUGUUUAAGUACUCAAAGUAUGUUUUCCGAGCACCUUAAAGCUAGCUAUACAUGUAAUGCACCUCCAGGCAAAUUAAGCUCAUUCUCUUCUAUAGAGUUUCACUUCUUUGAUCACCAUUCUGUUUUGCACAUUGAGCAAUUAUUUUAGAUUGAUUAAAGAGGCUAAGCUCUUGUAUUGCACAUUGUGGGGGGCCAAUAUUGUGGAAAAUUUUAGUAUUUUCCGUACAAAUGAUUGAUCACGUUCUUGAAUCUCAAGAUGAGUUGAGUUCAAAUUAGCUAUAAAGGAGAUAAUGGUUGUUGUGUAUUUAUACUGUUGCCUUUAGCUCAUUUAGCACAUGAUAAUGAAUGAGAUUUAUCUCCAAUACCGUUUCAGUGCUUGAUAUUGCAGAAAACUCAAAGUACGUUAUAUUUAUCAUGGUGUACUUCGUACCCUUCUUUAUGGUCAAAUACUUUAUAUAUUUUGGAUAUUCUAGAGAUUUGGUGCAUUUGCCGCUAAUUUUCCAUUUUUUUUCGCGUGAUGCUAGUUUUCCAUUUUCUUAGUGCCCAAUCCUAGCUGUUUUAUUGCAUGCUAUAUUCGUGCAUUUUCUGUUUCAUUGCUAAUGACAAAUUGUCAUGUGGGUUUUUGUUGUGGUUAGUUUGGGCAUCAUGUUUUGGAAUUGAUUUUCUUCUAUGUAAAGAUUUCUGGGCUCUCUCCUUUAACAUUAUAAAUGGAUUGAUAUCUAUAUUAAUGCUGUUCUGUAUCUUUUUUCAGAUCAGCUGCGCUCUUCUCUGACCGUUAUUUUUUGGUUCAUUCGUUCAGACAACUGGAUGGCUCUUUUAGUUUAAGUUGUAAUUAAUUUUUCAACUCAUCCUGUAAGGCUGUAACACCAAAUAUUGUCAUUCAUUAAACUAUUGGAUGCUCUUAUGUAUCUAUAUCUGUGAAAUUGAGCAGAAGCUAUUCCAUAUGUAUGCAUUUUUAUUCUAUAUAAUCAAGCUUUAUGCAUUUACUUAAAAGAGUAAAGCUUUUUUUUAGUAGUGUUAAUGAGCUUUACCUUACCGUUAUUCUAAUUCUGGCUUCAUUAAUUCUUUACAUCUGGAGACAUUUCUUGGAUUUGGUGAUAAACUUGCAGAUUUCGCGCAGCGUUCUUCGAGAAACAAGAGAACACAAUAGAAAAUUACCUGCUUGGUUCUUCGAAAACUUGAUAUAUUGCUUUCAUGGAAAACUUGGCUCAGCUGGAAGCAUUGUGCGAGAUACUUUACAAUUCACAAGACUCAUCUGAGCGAGCUUAUGCUGAGAACACUUUGAGAUGCUUCACACAGGAUACCAACUCCAUGCCACAGUUGGAAUACAUACUUGAGAAUGCAAGAAACCCAUAUGCAGUUUUAUUUGCUAGUUCAAGUUUAUUGAAGCAUGUCACUGAAAAUAGGCUCCCUUUGCAGCUACGCCUUCAAAUUCGCAAUCACGUUGUAAAUUAUCUGGCUUCUAGAAGUGCCAACUUGGAGCAUUUCGUUAUGACGUCGUUGAUUCAACUUUUGUGUCAAGUGACAAAAUUUAGCUGGUUUGAUGAUGACAAAUUCCCUGAGCUUGUUAAUGAUGUUGUGAACUUUUUGAACCAGCAGGGAGUCGCUCAUUGUGCAAUUGGAUUGAAGAUCUUGAAUCAACUUGUGAUUGAGAUGAAUCAGUCAACUCCAGGACUAACAUUGACACAAAAUCGGAAGGUGGCAACGAAGUUCAAAGACCAUGCACUUCUCCAAAUUUAUGGAAUAUCUGUUACAUCAUUGCUUAGACUAAAAACUGAUGCUCAACAGAAGUUGCAGGAGUUGGCUCUUUCACUUUCUCUACAAUGUUUAUCUUAUGAUUUUAAUGGAACAUCAAUUGAUGAAAGCUGUGAUGAAACUGGUGCCAAUCAGAUUCCACUCUCCUGGAGAUCAAUCAUUGAGGAACCCUCUACAGUGCAAAUAUAUUUUGAUUAUUAUGCAAUCACCAGCCCUCCUCUGUCAAAAGUAGCUUUGGAGUGUCUAGUGCGCUUGAUAUGUACUAGAAGAGGUUUAUUCACAAGCAAUACCACACGUAUGCAAUUUCUAACUUUGUGCAUGAUGGGAACAAAGGAUAUCCUGGAGACCGGGAGAGGUCUCAAUCAUCAUGAUAAUUACCAUGAACUUUGCCGUCUCCUUGGGCGUUUUAAACUAAAUUAUCCGUUAUCAGAUUUGGUGAGUGUGGAAUGCUUCAAUACAUGGAUGAAUCUAGUUUCAGAUUUAACGCUGAAAUCUCUGCAGUCUUGGAAGUGGACAAGCAGCAGCAUUUACUAUCUUCUAGGACUAGUUUCCAAAAUGAUUACUACUUUACCAUAUUCAAAGGAAUCGGCUGAAAAGUUACAUUUAAAUGAAUUUGUGCCGAAGAUUUUGGAAGGAUUUAUUUCUUCACGAUUUGACUCAAUACAGGCUGGGUCCUCUGAUGAUCUUUCGGAAGAUCCUCUCGACAAUGUUGAGCUAAUCCAGGAUCAGCUUGAUUUCUUUCCAUAUCUAUUCAGAUUCCAGUAUGGGAGCUGCAGUACCUACUUAGCAAAUAUUAUGGACCUACUCUUACAGGAAUAUAUGGAGGGUACGAAAGUCCAGGAUUAUGUUUCUAGUAGCAACAUUGCAAUUGUGGAGACCAAACUAGCUUGGAUGGUUUAUAUAGUGGGUGCCAUUAUGAGAGUAAAAAAUUACUCUGGUGGCGAACCAAAUGAAGUUAUCGACGCAGAACUUUCAGCACGUGUGUUGCAGCUGAUAAAUUUCAUGGAUGCUGGAUCAUAUGUCCAGAGAUACAGUGAACUCAGCAGGCAGAGGCUUGAACUUGCAGUUCUCAGUUUCUUUCAAAGCUUUCGGAUUACUUAUGUUGGAGAUCAGGCAAUGCAAGCCUCUAAGCAGUUGUAUCUUCGAUUGUCUGAACUCCUUGGCCUGCAUGACCAUCUGUUGGUUUUGGAUGUCAUUGUUCAGAAAAUCGCCAAGAAUUUGAAGUUUUGUUCAGAGAGUGAUGACAUUUUGGAUCAAACACUUGCUCUAUUCUUGGAGAUGGCAUCUGGGUAUUCGACGGGAAAGACUCUUUUAAAGCUGGAUACUAUUAAGUAUUUAAAAGCAAAUCACAGUAAGGAGAAUUUUCUUUUCCUGAAAGACCACAAUUCUCGUAGAAGAACCACUUUCUAUUACACUAUUGGCAUAUUGGUGUUCUCAGAAGAUAGCAUUGUCAAAUUUAAGCAAACGAUGGAGCCUUUUCAGCAGGUUUUCGUCAACCUUGAAUCCAUUCCUGAACCAGUAUUUCGGGAUGAAAGUGUAAAAUGUGCUUUCAUUGGGCUCAUGCGUGAUCUCAGAGGGAUUACAAUGGCCUCACACAGUAAAAAGUCAUUUGGAUUUCUUUUUGAUUGGUUGUAUCCUUCACAUAUGCCUGUACUUCUGAAAGCUAUGGCUACUUGGGUUGAUAGUCCAGAGGUUACAACCUCGUUGCUGAAAUUCAUUGCAGAGCUGGUAUUAAAUAAAGCUCAACGCUUAAUGUUUGAUCAGUCGUCUCCGAAUGGCAUACUGCUCUUCCGGGAAGUUAGUAAGUUGCUUGUUGCUUAUGGAUCCAGAAUACUUUCACUACCUGUUCAAAAGGAUAUCUACAGAAUGAAAUACAAAGGAAUAUGGGUAUCGCUUGUCAUUCUCACCAGAGCAAUGUCCGGAAACUAUGUCAAUUUCGGUGUGUUUGAAUUAUAUGGUGACAGAGCCCUUGAUGAUGCUCUUGAUAUUGCUUUAAAGAUGGUUCUUUCAAUUCCUGCUGCUGACAUCUUGGCAUACAGGAAGGUCUCAAAGGCAUACUUCAGCUUUAUAGAGUGUAUAAUGUGCAAGCUUACUAAAGUUGCCUUAAACCUUGAUGGAACUACUUUCAAGUACAUUGUCAGAUCUCUUCAUUCGAGCCUUCAACUUUUUGAUUCAGCCAUUUUAUCACAGUGUGCUAAUGCAAUUGACCAUUUGGCAACUUUCUACUUUGAACACAUUUUGAUGGCUGAAUCACCGGCUUCGCCAGCUUUACUCAGUUGUGCUCAGCACAUUUCAGAUUGCGGUGAUAUCUUUUUGGAUAUUUUGAAGACCUUGUUUGAGCUAAUUUUGUUCGAAUCCUCCGCCACCCAUUGGGAUUUUAGCAGGCCAAUUCUGAGCUUAAUCCUUCUCAGUGAAGAAAUGUACACAAAAUUGAAAGCUCAAAUAGUAGCGUCACAACCCAUGCAUCAACAGCGUGUUCUUCAUAGCUUUGAUAUACUUAUGGAAGAUGUUACUAGAAGUUUAGAAUCUGUUAACAGGGAGAGAUUCAGUCGAAAUCUUCAGAGGUUCAAGAAAGAAUUCCUUGCAAAAUGAUUUCGAUCGCCUUUCAGAACAUUUAUGUCCGAAAUAGCUUAAUGAGUGAACUAGAAUCGACUUGUAAAUAGUUGUGAUAGUUCUAUAAACUGUACAUUCCGUCCGUGAAAUACAAUUGGCCUUCAAACUCAAAUAGAAUCAUACAGAACUAUUAUUUAGUAGAGGGAAAUUUCAUCCCUAUGAAAUUUUGUCACAAAAUAUUGUUUUAUGGUGAUGUCAGUAUUACAGCUCUUAAUAUAAAUCUCUGUUCAUCAGUUAAUUUGAUCAA